CGUAAUUCUUCGAUGUUAUGCUAUGUUAAAUUAGCGCGCGCUUAGCAUUUGCCACUCGCACCGCCUCUUUCAUGCAGAUCUCAUGGACGGCGAAUCUUGACCUUGACAGCUUCGAGCUUGUCAUUUCCUUUCAUAUAACCAGAAGCUUUUGGGAUUCUUGGUGGUCACUCUAUCCGAAAAACAAACCCCAAAGCAAGGGAAAUUCGCGAUGUCCUCGUCGCGGGAAAACAAGAAGCCAUUUUCCCUCUCACUAGGAUCAAAUGGACCACCCAAGAAGGCCUCGUUCAACCUUCAAAGUUCAGGACGAGCGAACGAAUCCUCGAAUCGAACCCUUCCGCGCAGACCCCAUCAGCUCCACGACGAUGAUUCCGAAGAGGAGGAAGGCGCACCAGUUCAUGAAGCCGUGACUGGCUUCGACACAAACACUGGCAGCGUCAUCACCGCCGACGGACAAUCAAGCAACGAGAAGCAACCGCUGGUAAUCCAGGUCGCGAGUGGAAACAAUUGGCGGGACCGAGCUGGCACAAACCACCGAAGGCCUAAAGGGAAGAAUCUAUUACCAAAGGAGGUCCAAGCGUUGCAAGAAGCGCAGAAACGGGGAGUAGACAUCGGCGAUAAUGUUGACAAAGAGGGGCCGAGUAUGUCGUAUGGACUUAGUUUUGCGAAACCCAGUACGGACGAGGCGAAGGAGGAUCGCGAUCAACCGAUGCAAGACGCAGAGCCCGCAACGCCGCCUCCAAAGCCACUCACGGAUGAUGAAAUCGCACUGCAAGCGCUUAUUCGUGACACUAAGGGGGAGACGGAAGGAAGAACAGACCUCGUUAUUGAAUCUUCCAAACAUGACCAGGAUGAAGAAGAUGGUACCGGCGGGCGUUACGACGAGACGAGUUCGUUCCGUACUGACGUUGCCUCACGCCCCGAGCCCGCGUCGUUGGACCAGUAUAAUGCGAUCCCGGUGGAGGAGUUUGGAGCUGCGUUGUUGCGGGGCAUGGGCUGGAAAGAUGGCCAAUCGAUUGGACGAGGUAACUACGGCAGUUCUGCAGAUGCCGAAAAAGCAAAGAAGCCUCGCAUUCCUGAACGACGGCCUGGGUAUCUCGGAAUUGGUGCGAAGGAUGUAUCCGGUGGCAAGGGGGCGGAGGCAGAGAUCGGUGCCUGGGGGAAAGCUGCUAUGCGCAAAGGUGCCAGGAAGGCCGGGGAGGGUGAAGAAGGCAAAGGUGGCACUGAGGGUGUCUAUAUGCCUGUUAUGAUGAGGAACAAAAACACGGGCGAGUACGUUACAGAAGACGAACUCGCUGCUUUGCAAAAGGAGGCCAAAUCAAAGAAAGACGAUGAUGAAUGGCGAGACAGGCGGGAUCGCAAUCUGGAAAAGAGCGGCCGCGAUAGAGAUCGGGAUAGGGAUUCUCGAAGACGCGACUACGACAGAGGCGAUGACAGUGACCGCUACGACAGACGCAAGUCAGGCUCAUCACGGCGAGACAGAAGCUCGUCUGGAGAUCGCCAUUCCAGACGCAAGAGGUAUGAUGAUGAAGAUGGAAAAGACGAUCGUUACUACCGGGACCGGGACCAUGAUCGUGAACGUCGCCGUGAUAGAGAUAGGUCGCGAGACAGGAGCCACAGAUACCGUGAUGACGACCGCUACAGCUCGUCAAGACAUUCGUCCUCUAGAAGGGACCGGGACCGUGACAGGGAUCGAGACAGUGACCGUGACUCUCACCGGAGAAGAAGACGCGAUGAUAGAUAAGGUGAAGGAAGCAGCACUCAUGGGAAAUUUGGGCAUAGAAAUUUAGACCUUUGAUGUCGCUAUUUGGAUCUGAAGACGUGUUAUCACAGCGUUUGUAUUAUAUUACUAGGAUUUCUUGAUACCCAUAGUGAUCACAAUUUGGGUCAAAUAUAAGAGCUUGAUGCCUUGAUGAAUUAUGAUAGCCAUUUCAAAGUAGUGAGCCUACCUGCUGGGGCAGUUAUUGGAAUCA